AUGUCACUUCCUAUUGUCCCAAUUGCAAUUGGUGUUGUUUUAAUCAUCAUAACUAGUGUGUUUUUCUUAAUUUCAUCUAAAAGAGCUCCAGUAUUAAAUAAAGAUGAAUUUAAAAAAUUCCCAUUAAUUCAAAAAACUAUUCUUUCACAUAAUUCUGGUAUUUAUAGAUUUGCCUUACCAAAUCCUGAUGAUAUCUUAGGUUUACCAAUUGGUCAACAUAUUUCAAUAAAAGCUGAAAUUAAUGGUAAAGAAAUUGUUAGAUCUUAUACUCCAACUUCAAAUGAUGCUGAAAAGGGUUAUUUUGAUCUUUUAAUUAAAUCUUAUCCAACUGGUAACAUUUCAAAAUAUAUUGCUGAAUUAUCAAUUGGUGAUAGUAUUGAUGUUAGAGGUCCAAAAGGGUUUUUUGAAUAUGUUCCAAAUCAAGUUACUCAUUUUGGUAUGGUUGCAGGUGGUACAGGUAUUACACCAAUGUAUCAAAUUAUAAAUGCAAUUAUUAAUAAUCCAGCUGAUAAAACUCAAGUUCAAUUAAUCUAUGGUAAUCAAACUGAAGCUGAUAUUUUAUUGAAAAAGGAAUUAGAUGAUAUUGUGGCAAAACAUCCACAAAUUAAAGUUCAUUAUAUGUUGGAUAGACCUUCUGAUAAUUGGACUGGUGGUGUUGGAUUUGUUACUCCAGAAAUUUUGGAACAAUAUACUCCAAAAGUUACUCCAAAGACUCAAUUAUUAUUAUGUGGUCCUCCUCCAAUGGUUAAUUCUAUUAAAAAAGCUGCUGUUAAUUUAGGUUAUACUAAAGCUAAACCUGUUUCUAAAUCUGGUGAUCAAAUUUUUGUCUUUUAG